AUGUCAACCAAUACAACAGAUCAAUUAGUUUUAUUUAAACGUCUUUUUAUUAUAUUUGGCUCAAUAUGUUUUCUUUGGUUGAUUAUUGGAUUUAUAUUUCUAUCCAUUCAAACAUAUCGACAUUUAAAAAGGAAGACAUAUUUAAAAUAUCUUUAUUAUAAUUAUGCAUCAAAAUUACCAUCAUCAUUAUUAUUACCCAUUGAAAACGCAUUCAAAGAAGAUCAUAUGAUUGAUUGUGAUCAAAUUGAUGAUGAACAAACAAGUAUUUAUACAACAGCUUCAUUUGAUACGGAACAAUCGAAAAUUGUUCAUGAACAAACAAAUUUUAUUCCAUCAUGUCAACGAAUAUCCACAGAACAAUAUGAAUUAACAUUGUCAAAUACAGCAGCAAUUUCUAAUCUAUCUUACAAUCAAUCAAUAUUAACAUCAUCGAGUAAUCUUAGUACAUCACUUUUCUAUUAUCAAUCAUGUCAAAAAUUUUCUUAUUCUCAAUCAACAUUAUCUUCAUUGAAAACAAACAUUCAUCAAAAAAUUCGACGACCUUCAUUAAUCAUUCCAUUAAAUAAUUCUUCAUCGUCAAUUGAUCAAUUUAAUUUAAAACGUCAAUUAUCUCAAACUUCAACAAAUACAAAUUUAAGUCAAAUUACAAAUACAACAUAUUUAUCAUCACAAUCAUCAAUAAAGACAAUACCUUUACCAACAGUUAUGAUUACAGAUGUUGAUCGUUUACAUACAGAUAUAAUUGAACUUGAAAAUUUCGAGCCAGAAAAUGAUUUUUAUCAUAUAAAUUCUCAGUUAAGAUAUUUACUCAACGAUCGAAUACCACACGACAUUAAAUGA